UGAUGACCAGGAUGGGAAAACCGUGACAGCAUUCUUAAAUAAAUACAAUUGAAUAAAAAAAGUGUGAAUUUGCAGAUCUAACUAUUUAAACUAAUACUUUCAUUCUGUUUUCUUCCAGAAAACCUGUUUUGUUUGUUUUUUUACUUUAAGAAAUGUUUGUAUAUGAUUUUGUACGGAUUUUCAUACAGUAAGCAACUGAUGUCAGGCUUACUAUGCUAUUUGUCAGGCAUUAAAGUACUUUCAGUUUAAUUCAAAUGUUGGUGUAAAUUAAAUAUCUAAGUAUGAAAGGUUUUAUGAAUAUCAGUAUCCUGUGGAACAAGUGUCUGGGUGAAUUUGAGGUUAGAAAGUUACAUGUUCGUAGAUUAAAUUUUGCAUUUUGUUAAUCAUGUGUCUGUCUUUAAAUAUAUACUGGUACCUGCAUUUUAUGUGUAAUCACCGGUAACAUAUUUUACUAUUUGUAUUGCAAGGUAACCCCAUUGUAAAUAUCAUGUAUAUACACAGUUACUCUAAACACAUUUGUAUUGACCUCGAGUAUCCAAGUGACUUUGUUUCUGUUGCAUAACCUAGUUUUCUAUGUACUCUGUGACCGUACUGAGUGUCAUGCCUAGUGCUAAUAUUUGUGUAAUUAGAUAAGUAAUAACUCAUGGUGAUAAAUUGUAGAUAACAGUAGAUAUGACCCAUAUAUAUAAAUGUUGAGUUACCUAGCAGCAACCACUGUUUCCAUUCAAUGUGGGAAAUUAUAAAGGGCCCAGAGACGCAGCAGACAAGUGUGAGAUGGAGUCGACCAGCCCUUCCUCCAUUGAAUCCAGCGCAACAUGCUUUAACCUUUCAGCAGCUGGAUAUAGAUCAUUACACAGGCUAUCCAAUAGCUGGGAUGCCUGGCAGCCAACAGUUUCCAGUGCCUAUUAUGAGGAUGUAUGGAGUGACCAUGGAAGACAACUCUGUCUGUUGUCAUGUGCAUGGAUUCUCGCCAUAUUUUUUUGUGUCAGCACCAAGUAAUUUUACUGACAAGGACUGUUUCACUUUUAAGAUGGCUCUCAACAAGGCUGUGCUAGCAGACAUGCGAUCUAACAGGGAAGACAUACGAGAAGCAGUUCUUGCAGUUGAGUUGGUACGGCGCUUGAACCUCAUGGGGUAUAAUGGAGAAGAUAAGAUGGUCUUCAUUAAGAUUACAGUGGCUUUGCCUCGUUUCAUUGCACCUGCCAAACGCUUACUGGAGAGAGAUGUUAUUUAUCCACCAGCUGGUUCCCAUAGUUUCCAGGCAUUUGAAUCCAACAUAGACUUUGAUAUUAGGUUUAUGGUGGACACAGGAUUGGUGGGCUGCAGUUGGGUUGAGCUGCCUGCAGGUCAGUGGACAAUGCGACCUGCUGCACGUCAUGUGUCUCGCUGUCAAAUUGAAGCAGAUGUAUCGUGGGAACGACUAGUGUCACACACACCAGAAGGAGAGUGGGCAAAAGUGGCUCCGUUCCGCAUUCUUAGUUUUGACAUUGAGUGUGCAGGACGGAAAGGUAUCUUUCCUGAGUCUGAGCAUGAUCCAGUGAUCCAAAUAGCCAACAUGGUGGUUCGGCAAGGACACCAUGAACCAUUUCUGCGUAAUGUGUUUACACUAAACACCUGUGCUCCAAUAGUAGGGAGUCAGGUGCUGAGCUUUGCAGAUGAACGGGAAUUGUUGGAGAAAUGGGCAGCAUUUGUUCGAGAAGUUGAUCCAGAUGUGAUCACAGGCUACAAUAUCAACAACUUUGAUUUUCCAUAUCUCGUCAGUCGUGCAAACCACCUCAAAGUCAAGGAUUUCACAUAUUUGGGAAGAGUUACAAAUAUCAGGUCAGUGAUAAAGGAUCAGAUACUACAAAGCAAGCAGAUGGGUCGCAGGGAAAACAAGAACAUGAACUGUGAGGGAAGAGUAAUAUUUGAUCUUUUGCUGGUUUUGGUUCGAGAUUAUAAACUGCGCUCAUACACACUGAAUGCUGUCAGUUUCCAUUUCUUGGGGGAGCAGAAGGAAGAUGUGCAUCACAGCAUCAUAACAGACCUACAGAAUGGAAAUCCACAGACAAGACGUAGACUUGCUGUGUAUUGCUUGAAAGACGCGUAUCUUCCUUUGAGACUACUGGACAAAUUGAUGUGUGUUAUCAACUACAUGGAAAUGGCACGUGUCACAGGUGUGUCAUUAUCUUGUCUGCUCACUAGAGGGCAGCAGAUCAAGGUCGUAUCACAACUAUUGAGGAAGGCUAAAGAGGAGGGAUACCUCAUGCCAGCAUAUGGCAGUGGAAUUCAAGAGGAACAGUAUGAAGGUGCUACUGUUAUUGAACCAAAAAAAGGCUAUUAUGCAGAUCCUAUUGCAACACUUGACUUCAGUUCACUAUACCCCAGUAUUAUGAUGGCACACAACUUAUGCUAUACUACGCUUCUGCAGCCAGGGUCUCGAGACAGACUGGGAUUAACGCCAGAUCAGUAUGUGAAAACACCUGCAUCAAAUUUCUUUGUAAAUAAAUCUGUUCGGAAGGGUCUUCUUCCAGAGAUUUUAGAAAAUCUCUUAGCAGCUCGAAAGAAGGCAAAGGCUGACUUGAAACAAGAGAAAGAUCCUUUCCGACAGAAGGUGCUGGAUGGCCGACAACUUGCACUCAAAAUGAGUGCCAACUCUGUUUAUGGUUUUACUGGGGCUCAAGUAGGAAAGCUGCCUUGUCUCGAGAUAUCUGGGAGUGUAACUGCUUAUGGAAGAACUAUGAUCGAGCAGACAAAGCAAGAGGUAGAGCAGUAUUAUAACAUAGCAAAUGGCUACCAGCAUGAUGCUCAGGUCAUCUAUGGUGAUACAGACUCUGUCAUGGUUAAGUUUGGCAUAAAGUCAUUAGAGAAGGCCAUGGAACUGGGACGUCAUGCAGCCAAUUACGUUAGUACCAAAUUCCCACCACCAAUCCAUCUGGAGUUUGAGAAAGUGUAUUUCCCAUACCUGCUUAUCAGCAAGAAGCAUUAUGCCGGAUUGUACUUCACUCGACCCGAUAAAUAUGACAAAAUGGACUGCAAGGGUAUUGAAACUGUGCGUCGAGAUAAUUCACCACUCGUGGCUAACAUGAUGAACACAUGCCUGCAGAAGCUGCUUAUCGACAGAGACCCUGAUGCAGCAGUGGAAUAUGCAAAACAAGUGAUUUCUGACCUGCUUUGUAACCGCAUUGAUAUAUCACAGCUGGUGAUCACUAAAGAGCUGGCAAAAUCUGAUUAUGCAGCAAAGCAGGCUCAUGUUGAGCUCGCUGCUAAGAUGAAGAAACGAGACCCAGGAACAGCGCCAAAACUGGGAGAUCGUGUCCCCUAUGUGAUCAUUGCUGCGGCCAAGAAUACACCUGCUUAUAUGAAAGCUGAGGAUCCGAUCUACGUGUUGGAGAACAGUGUACCUAUUGAUUCUAGCUAUUAUUUGGAAAAUCAGUUGUCUAAACCACUGCUCAGAAUCUUUGCACCAAUCCUAGGUGACAAGGCAGAAUCCAUCUUGCUGAGAGGUGAUCAUACACGUACUAAGGCAGUUGUAACAUCUCGAGUAGGUGCCUUAUCAGCAUUUACACGGCGCAAGGAAACAUGUUUAGGCUGUAAGGCUGUUCUGUCUGAAGAUGGAAUUCCCCUGUGUAAGCACUGCGCUCCAGAUGAGGCCCGUCUGUACCAGCAGGAGCUUGCACGUUUCACCACUCUGGAGGACAGGUUUUGCAGACUUUGGACUCAGUGCCAGCGCUGUCAGGGUUCACUGCAUGAAGAAGUACUUUGCACUAGUCGUGACUGUCCAAUCUUCUACAUGCGCAAAAAGGUCCAGAUAGACCUGGUUGCACAAGACAAGAGUCUGCAGAGGUUUGGCAGUGCAACAUGGUGACAUCUUCUUUGUACCUAUCAUAAGAAUAUGCAGAAAUAUGAAUAAAUGCACAUUUUG